CAUGAAUUCGUAAGGAUAUUUUAUUACUUCAAAUUGUAGCAAUUUAAAACGACGAUAUGCAAGAACCAUUGUUUUCAUUCUAAACGCUUACUGCAUUUCAAUCAUGUGAUAGUCCAGAAAUAAAAGAUAUAAAAGUGGUUAAAUUUUCUAUUAGCUUUGAUUUUUCUGUGUUAGUUCUAUUAACAAGGCUGCUUCAAGAUUGCUUGUUGUUGCAUUUGACUUCGGAACAACAUACAGUGGAUAUGCUUUUUCAUUCCGGGAUGACCCUUUGAAAAUCCAAAGCAAUCAAGGAUGGAUUGCUGGCAGUGAUCAACUCAUCUCAUUGAAAACACCAACAUGCGUUCUUCUAAAUCAAAGAAAAGAGUUUGACUCAUUUGGUUUUGAAGCUGAAAAUAAAUUUGCAGACCUUGCCGAAGACAAUAAACACCAUGGUUGGCUUUUAUUUCGUAGGUUCAAAAUGAUCCUACACAAUAACGAGAACUUAUCAAGGGCAACUACCGUUGAAGAUAUUAAUGGAAAAUCUAUGCGUGCAUUGACUGUCUUUACAAUGGCAAUUAGAUAUCUAAAAGACCAUUUUCUCGAGGCUCUCAACAAACAGAAGACUGGAAUUGAAGACAAAGACAUACAAUAUGUUAUUACAGUGCCUGCAUUAUGGAAUGAUAAAGCCAAACAGUUUAUGCGAGAAGCAGCAGAAAAGGCUGGAAUAGCAAAGACACAACUAAAGUUGUCAUUUGAACCUGAAGCGGCGUCUGUAUGGUGCCAGACAAUCUCUACAGAUAUAAAGAAAAGUCUGACUAGAUCAGGAAAACAGUACAUGGUCAUUGACCUUGGAGGUGGAACAGCAGAUAUAUCUGUCCAUGAAAAGCAAAUUGAUGACACUUUAAAAGAACUACAUAAAGCAAGCGGGGGAUCCUGGGGAGGCACAGUUGUUGACGACAAUUUCAUAGAAUGGCUUACAAAAAUAUUCGGGAAAUCUACAAUGCAAAGAUUUAAAGAUGAGCAAAUGGAAGACUACUUCCAAUUGUUAAGAGCGUUCGAAAUAAAAAAGAGAAACAUUAAAACCGAUACAACGGGGAACAUAACGUUCAGAUUGCCUGCAUCACUGAAGGACCUAUAUCAAAACUAUAAUAAGGAUGCAUUGAAGGACAGAAUUGUUGCAAUGGGAUUAUCUGAUAUUGUAAAAUAUGACGGCGACAAACUGAGAGUAGGCGCUUCGGUCAUUAAGCAAUGGUUUGAGCCUCCUAUUUACAACGUGAUUCAGCAUGUACAACAGAUUCUUGCAAAACCAAACAUGCAAAAAGUCGAAACGAUUCUUUUGGUUGGCGGAUUUGGGGAGUGCAAAUAUGCCCAAGACCUUCUAAAGAGAGCAAUGCAUGACAGGGAAAUUUUUAUCCCAGAAGAGCCAGGUCUUGUUGUUCUCAAAGGUGCAGUACGUUUUGGUCAUUUCCAAGAUAUUGUUCGCUCGAGAAUAAUGACCCGCACGUAUGGAUUUGAAGUGACUCAUGAUUAUGACAUGCAGGAAUUUCAAAAUGCAGAUGAAGUGUUUUUUCUCCAGCAUCGGAAAUUAAUUAGUAAUGUGUUCGACAUAAUGAUAAGAGUGGGAGAAGAAACAAGUAUAGGGAAAACAAUUACCAAAGGUCCAUACGUACCAAUCGGCCUACAUAAAACAUGUUUUAAAAUCUACACCACAGAAAGCGUUGAUCCAAAAUAUGUGACAGAUCGAGGUUGCAGACAAAUUGGAAUGCUCACUGUAUCACACUCAAAUGGACGAUCCCAGAAUGACAACGCAGUUAUGGCUUCGUUCAUAUUUGGUGAUACGGAACUUUUUGUGAAGGCUGUAAAUAUAAGAACAAAAGAAGAAUUUUUCACUUAUAUAGACUGUCUAUAAAAAAAAUGUUUGCAUAUUUUCUAACUAUCCUGUAGGAAUAGAUUAAUGGCAUUGAUUACUUUUGUCUGUGUUGAAAUCACAAUAGAAUUAAUAUUGAGAAUCAAUAUAAGAUUUGUUAUGUAUAUACACUUUAUUUAAAAUGUUUUUAAUAUAUAUUUCCUGAAUAGCUCAGGAGGUAGAAUGCAGGAUUGUUAAUCUCGAUGUCGUGGGUUCGAUACCGACUCAUGCUACUAUAAUUUUUAAUAAUUUUGUUUAUUUGAUGUUUAUAUAAUUUUUCAUGUUCAUUU